GGAGGAUAGUGCCAUGAAAGGAGGAAGGAAGAAUUUGAAAAGGGCAACUGAGGAAGAGAGUUUAACUCUUGAAGAAGGUUACAACAUUAUGCAAGUUUUGUCCCUUAGAGGUUCCAAUCUCAUUGAGGUAAUGGAUGCGCAAGGCAAGAAAUCAUUGGCAUUGUUUCCAGCUAAGUUUCAAAAAAGCAUGUGGAUAAAGCGAGGUAGUUUUGUUGUUGUUGACGAUAGUGGGAAGGAGAAGGCUCUUGAAUCUGGAAGCAAGGUGACAUGUAUUGUUUCGAAAGUUUUAUUCUACGAACAACUCCGCGUGCUUCAGAAAUCACCAGAAUGGCCAGAAGUCUUCAAAUCGACAGUUCUGGACGAUUCUAAUGGAAGCAUGGAGAGAGAGACAUCCCAACAAGAAGAUGAAUCAAGUGACAACGAUGGACUUCCUCCACUCGAAGCCAAUACAAACAGAAUCAGACCAUAUGAAUUAUGUGCCGAGUCAGAUUCUGGUUCUGAUUCCGAUUUAGAUUCUUGAGCAAUUCCAAAGAAGUUUCAUGCUUUCAUUUUCAACUCUAAUUAUUAUCCACAUUUGUGGAUACAGUUUUGUUAGAAUGAUGUAAACUUAAACUUUUUGAGAUAAACAACCGCUAAAUGCACCUUCUUUCUUUCUUUUUU